AGAAAGCUGUGAGGAAGUAAAGCUUGUUUUCCAGUUUAGAGCCGUUUAGGCUCCGGUGGCCCUCAGAUUAAAAACACGCUCCGGAUUCACUUGUGCUUGGAAAUGCCACCCCCCCGGUUGCUGAUGGUGGUCACAGGAGAUGAUUUCGGCUACUGCCCCAGGAGGAACCAGGGGAUCGUGGACUGCUUUUUGGCUGGAGGCAUUUCUAAUGCGUCUCUGCUUGUUAAUGCCUCGGCUGCUAAAGAGGCAGCUGCUCUGGCUGGCAGACACAAAAUCCCGAUUGGCCUCCAUGCCAACCUGUCUGAGGGCAGCCCUGUGUGUCAGAACCUCCAGCAGGUUUCCACUCUCAUUAAUCCUCGGGGCUUCUUCCAUGGAAAGAUGGGUUUUCGUCAAGCCUUGGAGAGAGGCCAGCUCAGCAUGAAGCAGGUAGAGCUGGAGUUAAGAGCCCAAGUCCAGCGUUUUGUAGAACUAACAGGCCAUCUGCCUUAUCACAUGGAUGGACACCAGCAUGUUCAUGUGCUGCCAGAUGUUCGUGAGGUGGUUGCACAAGUCCUCUCAGAUCUAAGGAUUCCUUUCACUCGUGUUCCGGUGGAGCCGGGUUUACACAGCUGUCCCUGGUUGCCGGCACAUCUGCAAACUUUUUACACGCAAGUGGAAAAGGAUGCCCUGGACUCAGUCCCCAUCUUCAGACGCUAUGGAAUCAGGUGGCCUGACGUGUACCUGGGACUCUCCACCAUGGGUCAGAACAUGUCGGUCUCCACUCUGCAAAGGGCUCUGAAGGAAGCCUUGGCAGCAGGAACCACUGAGCCGUCCUCCAGAGGAGCGUCAGGCCUUCGUCAGCCUGUUGUCACUGCAGAGCUAAUGGUCCAUCCAGGUUUCUCAAGUCAUCCUGAAGAAGGUGGAUGUGGGGAGGGCCCAGAUAACUUCUCCCAGUCUUCUGAAAGAGAACAUGAGCUAAACGUGCUCAGAAGCCCAGCUGUUCUGGAGCUUUACCACCAGGAACGAGUGCAGCUCUGUGGCUUUAGGGACCUUUGACAGAUGCUUCCUCAGAAUAAUUCAUUUUUACACUUCAUCAAGUUUAUAAAACACAUAGGAAUAUUUAUGAUCACCUCUAUUAUAAUUAAUUAUAAUAAUUGCUUUUGUAGGUUUACAGAAGGGAUUUCUUAUACAGUAGAAUCAUUUAACAGUUUAAUUGAGAUUCCUCU